UGAAGACGAUGGGUGGACGUCGGUCCAGGGGUCUGAGCACCCUGGAAAAAAGUCUGAUAUUUCUCUUUGUUGCAAUGACAGCCGUUAGCAUCAGCCUCAUGGCCCUCUACUUUACAGACCGGUCUGAUUCCUCUGCUCAUUCAGAAGGGCCGCUGUCAGGGUGUGGAGGUCCACAGGAGCUGAGCGGUGAGUCGGGCACCUUCACCAGCUGGAACUAUCCCAGCAGCUACGACAACGGCAAAAGCUGCAUGUGGAGCAUCACUGUGGACCCCGACAAGGUGAUUCAUCUGUGGUUUGAGGAGUUCGCUUUGGAGGAGAGUCAGCUCUGCACAGCCGAUCUGGUCACACUGCGAGACACGCUGGGAACCAUCGGUAAAUACUGUGGCUACACCAAACCCAAGCCUUUGGUGACUCUUUCAAACCACCUGAUGGUCUACUUCGACACCAACGACAGGAAAACAGACCAAGGAUUUAAAGCUCACUACAAAGCUGUGACUCCACAGGUCGCAUCACAAAUAGCCGGAGCCGGCGGUUUCCUCCAAGGUGAUCAGGGGAAUCUGAUGACUCCAGGCUUCCCGGGGCAAAGUUAUCCAAACGGAGCGCUUUACCAGUGGAGGAUUACGGUGCCUGAAGGCGAGCGGGUCCGACUGACAUUUACCACCUUUGACCUCGUCCCUGACGUCUGUGGAGACUUUGUCCAGAUCUAUGAUGGCCACGAGGCCGGAUCCUCUUUGGUUGGUACGUUUUGUGGUGGCAGUGUGCCGAAACCAGUGGAGUCCAGUCGCAACACAAUGGUUGUCCGCUUCAAGUCUGACGGCAGCUUGACUUCCAAAGGAUUCCAGGCAACUUACACAAAGUUCAGCCUUCCUCCCGUCGUCGUUCCCACCACGACCGCAGCCCCGGCCACCGCCAGCACACAAACCGCUCCGCCUCCCACAACGUCUGGCGGUGGCGGUCCUGUAAUCAUUGAAGGACGAAAAGGAACCAUCCAGUCCGCAGGUUUCCCUGAUCCAUACCCGGCUCACUCCAACAGCUCCUGGAAGAUAUCCGUGUCCAAAGGGUUCUUGGUUAAACUGCAGAUCACCGACAUGGCGAUCACAGGGGAGACCGGACAGUGCAAAGAGGACAAGCUUAUCAUCUCAGACAACUACGGCAUUCUGGGUACACACUGUGGCUACAUCCUCCCUCCGCUGGUGGUCAGCGCCAGCAACACAAUCUCUGUCACCUUCCAGUCAGACAGUCGCCUCACAGACCGGGGAUUCUCUGCAGCGUGGGAGGCGGUGUAUCCUGAGGAUAUUGCAGAGAUCCAGGGAUGUGGCUUUUCCACCAAUGAGGAAACAGGUGUAAUCAAAUCCCAGAACUGGCCAAUGAACUACAAGGCUAACGCGGAGUGCAUGUGGAGCAUCGCUGUGCCUUUGGGGAAAAAGAUCACUCUAAAAUUCACUCAUUUUGACCUGGAGGCCAAAGAUAUUUUCACAUCUAAGUGCUACGACAACGUGAUGCUGUAUGACCUUAAUGGUUUGACCAACGCACUACAUCAAAAACAUGGACCAUUAUGUGGAACAAGCCUGCCCAGUAGCAUCCAAACGAAAGGCAACAAGCUGCUGCUCCGUUUUCACACAGACUUGUUUACCGAGGCUAAAGGCUUCAGAGCUUACUGGACUACAAAUCCCAGCCUCCCUGCUCCUACUGAGCCGCCUGCUGAAAAAAACCCCUGGGAUGACAUCGCCAUAGACUGGCCCCAAACAUGCGGGAAACCAGCCAUUCCUCCUGCCGUUGUGUCACGCAUUGUAAAUGGAGAGGAAGCCGUAGCGCACUCCUGGCCCUGGCAGGUGUCCAUGCAGGUCUGGCCUGCCAGUCAGUCUGAGCCCUCAUUUUCUCACAUCUGUGGCGGGACUCUGAUUCAUAAAAACUGGGUGCUAACAGCAGCGCACUGCUUCAUAAGAUAUGCAGACGAGCUGCAUCGCUGGCGGAUGUGCCUCGGCAAACACAACCUGACCACCACAGAGCUGAGUGAACGCUGCGUCAGCAUCUCUGGCAUUCAUCGCCACCAGGCCUUCCAGUAUCCCACGGUGCCCACCGUGGAGUUUGACAUCGCCCUGGUGAGGCUGGCUGAGGACGCCGCUCCCACUGAGGAGAUUUCAUUCGCCUGCCUUCCCUCUGAGGAGGAGAUCCUUCCUGAAGGAAAGAAGUGCUACGCCACAGGCUGGGGCGACGAGACAGGUGAUUCAAUGAAUGCUAAAGCUUCAGACACCCUUAACCAGGUGGCCCUCCCUGUUGUCCCGUUUGACACCUGCAAACGGAUGGAUUACUGGUGGUUCCAGGUGAAGGCCUCCAUGAUCUGCUGCGGAUACACGCUGCCUGACGAGCUCCAGUCCGUCUGUCAGGGGGACUCAGGCGGCCCAUUAGUUUGUCAGGACACACCGGGUGGUCCCUGGGAGGUGCACGGCAUAACCAGCUUCGGCCCUAUCGGAUGCAUAAUGAACAAAAAGCCCUCCGUGUUCACCCGGGCCUCAGCCUACCUUCCGUGGAUCUCAAAUGUCAUCCGCAGGGACAUCUACAACGAGCACACGUCAGGUUGCGGAGGGCCGAAGGAUUUGUCUGGGGAGCGCGGCACCGCAUCCUCCAUGAGCUACCCCGGCACCUACAGCAACAACGCCCGCUGCCAGUGGAACAUCGAGGUGCCCGCAGGGAAACUGGUGCACGUCCACUUCAGCGGUUUCUCCCUGGAGGAGAGUCAGCUGUGCAUGAACGACAAAGUCAGCCUCGCAGACGACGUGGGCAGUCUGGGCACCUACUGCAGUCAUGUGGCCCCUGGAGAUCUGGUUAGUCAUGGAAACAGACUUCACAUCAGCUUCUCUUCUAAUGAAAAGGUGGUCGACACAGGCUUCGCUGUGGCCUGGAGGACGGUGGACCCUACAGAAGUCUCUGUUUCCUGUUUGUUUUUUUUGUCUCGUUCUGCUGUAGCUCCAUGUGGGGGCCGUUUCAGCAGCAAUCAGGGGGAAAUUAGCUCUCCGGGCUGGCCCAGUGACUACCGAGCACAGAGUGUGUGCACCUGGCACGUCAGCGUCCCCUCGGCUGAAAGCAUCCAUGUGGUGUUCACUGACUUUGAGCUGCAGGCCGUCAACGCGUUUGGAAACUGUGUGGACUACGUGGAGAUCUUCAGCGGAGAAACCAUGGCAUCGCAUGGUCGGUUCUGCGGCUUCGCCCCGCCGCCGGCCCUCACCAUCCCCAGCAGCAUGGCUGUUAUCCGCUUUCUGAGCAACGCGGCUGAUCAGCAGAAAGGUUUUCGCGCUUACUGGACCACAGAUGCCAACGUUUUUCCGACUUUACCGCCUCCUCCUCCAAACCCGUGGGACGACAUCAUUAUCAAGUGGCCAGAAGAUUGUGGAAAUCCAGCGGUGAAACCUAAAAUAGCCGAAGCUCCACGGGUGGUUAACGGGGAGGAGGCGAUCCCUCACUCCUGGCCCUGGCAGGUCUCGAUGCAGGCUUCGCCCAUAUCUCCCAUCCCUUACAUGCACGGCUGUGGAGGCUCUUUGAUUCAUGAGGAGUGGAUCCUUACUGCUGCUCACUGCUUCAUGUUCCCGCUGAACAGGCCGUCCUUCUGGCGCAUGUGUUUGGGAAAGCAUCACAUGAACUCCUCCAUGGACGUUCCCUCGGCGGAGACGUGCUACAAGGUGGACGGGAUAAUCCGACACGAGGGCUUCGUCUACGAGCAGGACCGCACAGACAUCAGCAACGACGUGGCCCUGGUGCAUUUGGCCGAGCCCGUGAAGACGACGCGGGAGGUCAGCCCCAUCUGUCUGCCAAAGCCCGGCGCCGUGAUGCCGGCGGGGACACCCUGCUGGGUCACAGGAUGGGGAGACGAGAAAGGUAACCUGUUCCCCGUUGUGUCUGAGAAGCUGAACCAGGCAGCUCUUCCGGUGGUUGACUUCCAGACCUGCAGCAAACCUGCGUACUGGUGGGACUCGGUGCGGCCCUCCAUGAUCUGCGCCGGCUACGAAUCGCCCGACGAGCUCAAGUCAGCCUGCCAGGGAGACUCAGGCGGUCCGUUCUCCUGCUCGGCCGCCGGGACCUGGGAGGUGCACGGCGUGGUCAGCUUCGGACCUCAGGGCUGCAUCAGAGACAAGAAGCCCUCGGUGUUCACACGAGUGUCGGCCUUCAGCGACUGGAUCGAGGACAACGUCAGGAAGUUUACAUAUGAAAACGGCAAAACCAUAUGAAAUCAAUAAAGAUCGGAAUUUAAUGCCUUCAGAUUCUUUUGUCGUAUUUAAAGAUGUUCGGUUUCACUCAGGAUUCAGUUUGA